GCCAAUCUAUGGGUCGUUCUUCACAAGAACAUUCCCUCAAUACCGAUAUUUUCAUCCUAUCAAUUUGCUGUUCUUUUUGGUCAAUUCUGAAUAUCGACGCUGGCCCCUUUUCUCUUCCGUCCACGGCAGCUGUUCGAAUCUGCUUCCGCGAAUAUUCGUAAUCAUGAGCAGAGUCUGACCAAUUUUGCGACGCUUGAGGGAAUGUCAUGGCUGUCUCUACACAGGAGAGCGACGCUGUACCGGUUCCUAUUCAUUAUGAGGACACCGAUGCAGACGGCGUUGAGCAUCGUUAUCUGACGUUCGAUACGGAUAUACCGCUCACUCCAAUCCUGCCCCCGACACUUCAAAGGGCGGACUUACCACCAUGCCCAAAACUUCACGAUUACGGUGAUCCAUUUGCGUGGUCUCUCACUCGCAAGAGGCUGUUGACCUACUUGUCCUGCUCAGUCAACAUUGUUGCAGCUUACUCGGCAGGGUCAUAUGCAUCUCCGGCUGAAGAGCUUAUGAGGCUGUGGAAUGUGUCGAACGUCGCCUACAACGUCGGAAUCACGAUUUUUACUCUUGGCUUCGGUAUUGCACCCAUGGUUCUUGCGCCCUUCUCAGAGAUCAAUGGAAGGAGACCCGUCUUUAUCGUGACAGGAAUAUUGUUCGUUAUCUGUCAGCUAUGUUGUGCCCUCACUCAAUCUUAUGGAGGCAUGUUGGCGGCUCGUUUCUUCCUUGGCGUUGGUGGCUCAACCUUUUCGACCAUGGUAGGGGGCAUCCUCGCCGAUGUUUGGAUCACUGCAGAUCGAAACACACCCAUGGUCCUGUUCACAGGAGCAACCCUCUUCGGCACCGGUCUAGGGCCUCUAGUCUCAGGAGUGGUCGCUCAACGAUUAUCGUGGCGCUGGGUGUGGUACAUCCAAGUGAUUACCAGUGGAGUCCUCGUUUCCCUUGUCAUUAUCUUCUUCAAAGAAACCCGGGGCAGCAUCAUCCUCAGUCGAAAGGCCAGACUUCUCAACAGGUGGUACGCUGCCCUUGAAGAAGCUGGUGCCCUCGGUAUGGUUGCCCUCGGUAUGGAGGACUGCACGACCCAGGACAAGUCGCAACCAUCGAACCCUCGUCGCAUUCGCUGGAAAGUAAAAGCUGAUGAAGACCGCGCAUCAUUGGCUCGCAUGAUUGCCACCUCCCUUUACCGCCCCAUCCACAUGUUAUUCACCGAACCUGUUGUUUUCUGGUUCAGCCUCUGGAUCGGCUUUUCCUGGGCUGUGUUAUAUCUGCAGUUCGGAUCCGUUCCCCUCGUGUACCGAGUCAAUCACGGCUUCAGCCUAGAACAAACCGGCUUCGUCUUCGCGUGUAUGUGUGUUGCGGCGAUCUUGUCAACGAUCCUGAGCAUUGUUCAAGAGAAGUGGGCUGUCAAGCACUAUCCAGUCAAAAUCAAUGGUAGUCCCGAAGGGCGUCUGCUAUUCACCUGUGUUGAAUCUGCACUGAUGCCCAUUGGUAUCUUCUGGUUCGGUUGGACCUGUGUCUCGUCGAUUCAUUGGAUUGUUCCAACUAUCGGCAUCGGCAUUGCAACCAUGGGCAUCUUCAGCAUUUUCCUCGCGACUUUCAACUACACGGCUGACGUCUACCAUGUUUACGCCAGCUCAGCCCUUGCGGCUUCGGGAUUGUGUCGUAAUUUGCUCGGCGGUGCCUUUCCCCUCGUCACAGUGCAGAUGUUUGAGGGAAUGGGAUUCCAGGCGGCAAGCAGCACCUUAGGGGCGAUUGGGGCGGCUCUGACACUGGUCCCCUGGAUUCUGGCAUUUUACGGGCCAAGGAUCAGGGCUAGGAGCAAGAUUGCCAGCUCAUUUGUUUAGCACUUUGCCUUGACAUAUUCCUGUCAUCCCUGCAAUCUGAGGCCUUGAGCGACAUUGCGAAAUAGAUAUGGCGUUUGGAGCAUGUCAUUGGUCUUGGAGCAUGUUGAAAAAUGUACAGACCCUGCAUAUAGCAAAAGUAUCUACUAUUACAGUUCAUCAAUGUGGAAUGG